AUCAUGCCUCCAAAGGGUACAUCGUGACUGGUGACUACCCUCUUCUGUAGCGGUUCCGGCGGAGAUACAACAAUCAGCUUCAUUUCCACCUCCGCCGGAACCGAGAAAUGAAUUAAUAUCACCAUUCGAUGUCCACGUCAAGUGGGAUGGUCCCUCCAACCUAGUUCCCCACAGACAACGGGAAGUAUUAAUAGCCAUGUCAACCCCGCACCUUCCCCUCGUUCAAUCCCUCUCAACUUCACCUUCACAUUCAACUCUCACAAACACAGACUGAACCAGAAAUAAUCUAUCACAAUGGCAGCAGAAUCACCAAUCGAGAAUGGCCUCUUCCGCCACAACAACACGACUGCCCCCGCAGAAUCGAGCGUGUUCAAUCUGUUCUCGCUAAAGGGCAAAACGGCCGUUGUCACCGGUGCGGCCUCGGGAAUUGGACUGCAGGUUGCCUAUGCACUCGCGGAGGCUGGUGCUGAUGUUGCCAUUUGGUAUAAUUCUAACCCAAAGGCGGUUGAGCGGGCUGCGGAGAUUGAGGCGAAAUAUGGUGUCAAAUGCCGUGCAUACAAAGUCGACAUCCGCAACGUACAAGCAGUCCAAGACCAACUCAACGUCAGCGUCAAUGAGCUCAACGGCCGGUUGGACAUCCUCAUCGCCAACUCAGGCAUCCCCUGGACAAAAGGCGCCAUGGUCGACGCCCCCGUCGCGCACUACAGCGAGGUAAUCCAAACCGACCUCGACGGAACCUUCUACUGCGCCCAAGCAGCAGCCGCCCACUGGCGCCGCCAAAAGGCCGAAAACACCACUGUCCACGGCACGCCUCUGCAAAAUUUCACCUACGGCAGCUUCGUCGCCACGGCAUCCAUGAGCGGACACAUUGUUAAUAUCCCGCAGCUCCAGGCUGGGUAUAACGCAGCCAAGGCGGGCGUGGUGCAUCUGUGCAAGUCGCUGUCGGUGGAGUGGGUGCGGUUUGCGCGGGCGAACUCCGUCUCACCGGGAUAUAUUGAUACGGAGAUCUCGACGUUUGUGCCGCAGGAUAUGAAGGAGAUUUGGAAGGGGAAGAUCCCGAUGGGCAGAGAGGGGAAGCCGGAGGAGCUCAAGGGAGCGUAUUUGUAUUUGGCGUCUGAUGCGUCGAGUUACACGACUGGGUGUGAUAUUGUGGUUGAUGGGGGGUACUGUUUGCCAUAAUCUUUAUCAUUCACAUUCAUGUUCAUAGACAUAGACAUAGAGAGAUAGACAGAGAAAUAGAGAGAGAUAGUCGUGGCAUUAAUGGAGUUACACAGAGAGCAAGGGCGUCGACCUUGCGUAUGCACGAGAUGUCUGCUGAUCAGAGAAUACUGCUGCACUGCGACUGUAUAGACUAUUCUGAGAAGAUGCAGUAGGAAUCAAUAAAGUCUACUGGA